UAAACAGCUUAUUUUCAACCAGCAUAAUGGUACAAAAACUUGAAAUGAAGAUUAAACCAUUUGACCCGAGGUAAAUGAAUACGGAGCAAAAUCUAUUCAAGUUGCCCACUUUCUGUUUUUUACCUCCAAACCCUAAAAUGUUAUCAAUCAACUUCACUGUCUACAAUGAAACUACGGAAAGGUAUUUCGAAUAUAUGCAUAUAUCGUCGUUGGCAAUACUUGUAGUUGGAUUGCCAGUCUGCCACACAUGGAAAGAGAAGCAGGGCGUUGCUAUGAAGUUGAUCCUCUUCCUAAGUUUUAGGUAAUGACGAGAUUGAUAUACAUAAUCAGCUAUGGUGUGAAUGUGCUGGACUCACUGUCAAAGUUCCCUCGGUAGGGGAUAAGGUGUUUUACUUCCCUCAAGGGCACCUUGAGCAGGUUGCUGUAUAUUCACAUGAGCAACUCAACUUGGAGUUACCCAGCCAUGGUCUACCUUCAAGGAUUCUGUGCAAGGUCACGGAUAUUCAGUUAGAGGUAGAGCGUGAUACUGAAGAUGUGUUUAUGAAAAUUACUUUGCUCCCGGAUGGUGAAGAACCCAGGGAAUCAACCAUUCAAACUCUUCCUGAAAAGGUUCGUGCAAGCUCUUUUCGGAAGAUUUUGACGGCGUCUGAUGUAAGCACACAUGGCGGAUGCGUCUUACCGAAGACGCGUGUUGAGAAGGCCUUCCCAUCUCUGGACUUGAGUCACGAUUCCCCGUCCCAAAAUUUGGUUGCCAAGGAUUUACAUGGGGCAACAUGGGAUUUCCAACACAUCUACACAGGUAUGCCGAAGAGACAUAUGCUGAACAGGGGUUGGAAUAGAUUUGCAAGUGAGAAGAGGCUCAGGGCCGGAGACACUUGCAUCUUUAUGAGAGGGAUAGGGAAGAAUGAAAUUUAUAUUGGGUUAAAACGAGCUGUUAGACAGCAAAGGCUGCCUACAGGUGUGUUGUGGCCCAAUGUGCAACAUGGCAUCCUUCUGAAUGCACGUGUAGCUGUGAAUUCUGGAACUGAGUUUACAGUUUUUUCUCAUCCACAGACAUCCACGCCAGCUUUUGUAGUUGGCUAUGAUGAGGUGAUGGGUGCGCUGAAGAAAAUUUAUUCACCUGCAAUGCAUUUUGUAAUGCAAGUUGAUGUAGGAGGAGACGAUCCCGAGCAAAUGUUAAGAAGAUUUUCAGGGACCAUAACCGGCAAGGAUGAUGUUGAUCCAGCUAGGUGGCUUCAUUCAGAUUGGCGAUGCUUAAGGGUUCAGUGGGAUGCCAGUCAUGUGAAUUUCAGACAUCUGCUUCCUGACCAGGUUUCCCCUUGGAGCAUCAAACUUCUUCCUUUGCCCAUCCACAAACAGCCGCCAUCUGUUUCUGUUGGCCACAAGAGAUUAAUGCCCUUCGAUACAAACUUACGUGACAGGCCUAGUUCUUCACAUCAAGGUGGGACGAGCUCGGCUAAUCAAGUCAAGCUGUUUGGAACAUAUAUCGGAUAGGGACAGAGGCCAAUAAAGGUAUUGUGACUAUACUUGUUAUUAAUCUUUAUACAAUUUGUGAACAAUGAUCUAUUGACUGGGUGUUCUAGCUGCAGAAGCAUGGAACUGCUCUUCGAACUCUGUGUUCAAGUUUGGAGAUGGCAACAAUUGGAUGAUUGGUAGCAUCUACAGAUGAAGAUUGGAACAAACGUGGCAUAGUGAUUUCCUGUCAUUGUUGGCAAGAUUCCAAGACAAGGAAGCCAAGUUUAUGUGUACCAUGAUUGCAUCAUUGCAUGCAAUAUUGAGCAGUGCUGCGGACAAAUUUAUCUCCCUGUGAAGCCAGAGGUUGCCAUGGUGAACUGUAGUGGCUAGUUGCGUAUCCAGCCAGAUUGAUUGCUUUUGUGUAUCUAGUCCUCCUUAUUAACUUAGCAUUAACUGCUUGUUUAUGGCUUGUAAUAAAAUGUUUCAUGGCUUGAAUAAUGUUCAUGUCUUAUGAUGUAGUUCUCACAAACACUUCCAAUUUCACUAAGGUGUAUACUAAUCAAGUUGUGUUUGGUAUUUAAAAUUCAAUUAAAGUUAUAAUGAAUAUGAAUAUCUAAGUUUUGUUUUAA